AAGACCAUCUGGCAACUCUUAAGAUAGGUCAGUUCCCAAUUCUCGGUUCUCAGUGAUGUGUGAACCUUGGUGAAGUGAGGAUGUGUGCCGCCUCCUGCAUGUCGGUGGCCCUCCAGGGUGCCACUAGACCCUCCAGAUACGGAGUGCGCGGCCUAUGUGCGUACAGCCUGGAGGUGGCUGCACUGAGGCGGUCAUGGCACAGCGCCAGCAGUGUGGUGCUGUGCCAGUCUGUCACCAGUGUAUGCGGCGGAGGCUGGAUCACAAGGGGGCCAGGCCAGCAUCACGGCCACUGCCACGCUGUGUCCCCGGCCCUGCGAGUGUCGUACACCACCGUCUAUGUCCCCACGUACCGGAGCUUCCACACCUCGGUCAGGCUGUGGGAGAAGGAGUUAUCCCCACAGGUGGCCUCCAGCACCGCUUCACAGAAGACAGUUCCACCACCUCAAAGUGAAAGGAACUCGAGUGCAAAAGUCAAAGAGAAGGAAACCCUCAAACCUUCCUCACAGGUGGAAGUUACUGUGAAGGAUCUCAAAGAAAAGGCCAAAGCUGCUGGCUCCCCGAUAGUUCAGGACAAAAAGUUAGUGAGACCAAGAAAAUCAUUAGGUGAGAGAAUAAAAGAUGAAAUAUUACAUUACUACCAUGGAUUCAGGUUACUCUUCAUUGACACCAAGAUCUGCUGCAAGUACGUGUGGCGCAUCGUCAACGGCGAAACCCUGUCCAGGAGGGAACACCGCCAGUUGGUGAGGACGACGAGUGAUCUCUUCCGCCUGGUGCCAUUCUCAGUGUUUGUAAUUGUGCCCUUCAUGGAAUUCCUGCUGCCUGUGGCCCUCAAGCUCUUCCCAGGAAUGCUGCCCUCUACUUUUGAGACUGCCAAUGAAAAGGAAGCAAAAAUGAAAAAGAAAUUAAAGAUGAAACUGGAGAUGGCAAAAUUCCUACAGCAGACGUUGGACAGCAUGGCGGUUGAGGCAAAAGGUCGCAGCUCAGAAAGUGCCAAGGAGUUUGUUUCCUUCUUUGAAAAGAUCACUAAAUCUGGAGAACAAGCUAGCAAUGAGGAAAUUUUGAAGUUCAGUAAGUUGUUUGAAGAUGAAAUUACACUGGACUCCAUGACAAGACCACAACUGGUUGCUCUCUGCCGUCUACUGGAGAUGCAACCCUUUGGCACCAAUAACUUCCUAAGGUUUCAACUAAGGCUGAAGUUGAGAUCACUAGCAGCUGAUGAUAAGAUCAUUGAAAGAGAAGGACUGGAUUCCUUAGCAGUAUGGGAACUUCAGCAAGCAUGUCGUGCCAGAGGCAUGAGAGCUUAUGGUCUGUCAGAAGAGCGACUCCGCCUGCAACUAACUCAGUGGCUGGAGUUGAGCCUGCAAGAAAAGGUGCCACCAUCACUGCUCUUACUGUCCCGCACGCUUUAUCUCCCAGAGACUGUGGGAGCCUCAGACACCUUGGCUGCCACAAUCUCUUCUCUUCCAGAAGAGGUUGCGACACGCACAAAGGCUGCCAUUGGUAAGCGUGAGGGCAAGAUCGACAACUUGACCCGGCUGGAAGUCAUUCAAGCUGAAGAAAGGAAGAUUGCAGAGGACAAAGAGGAGCUGAAAGUUUUGGAAGAGGAGAAGAAACAGAAACUUGCCAUAAAGAAGGCAGCAGAGGAAGCCCUUAAAGCUACAGAAGACACACCACCAGAAAUCAUUCCAUCUGAGGUGGAGAUGGCCCAACUCUCUCUUUCCACGAACAAAAUCUUAACUGAAGGUGUUCAGGUCACCAAAGCCACAGUGUCUGCUUCAGGAGAGAUCCAGCAGGAAGCGAAGGCUGAAGAGCUGAUUGAUAAAGCUCCCACUCUCAAGGAUAAAGCUGAAGUUCUCUCUGAAGAGAUGCCAAAGCCUUCCCCAGAGCCUGCAGUCUCCACAGAACAGGCAAUGCUUACCAGUGAGGACCUGAGAGAUGUAGAAGAAGCCAUUGAGAAUUUGGGUGUGGAAAAAAGGAAGUUGAUCAUUGAAGAACAGGAGAUGGCUGAGCUGAAGAGUGAGUUGGCAGACUACCAAGAGGACAUUGAGGACUUCAGAAAGGCCCUUACUCAAGCUAAGAUAGACAAGAAGCAGCUUCGUGUGAGUAAAGCUGCUGGUCGACUGUUUGUGCGCGUGAACAAGAUGAUCAACAGGAUGGAGCCUUUACUGGAUCGCCUCGGCAAGGAAAAGGCCUAUCGGCAGAAGAUUGUUGAUGCAGGUGAAGCGAAGGACAAAACUAAGGCAGAGCUUGUCAGCCUGCAGGACUUGUCACAGCAUCUGAACUAUAUCUGCCAUGCAUCUGACACCUCAAAAGUUGCCCUUAUCCAUGACGUGUUGGCCAAGAUGGACUUUGAUAAGGAUGGUGCAGUGGAAGUGGAACAUGUGUUACAUGUUUUAAACCUUAUGAUAGAUGAGCAAGUUGGUGUGACUCCAAAACUGUUUGAGGAAGUUGUUGAGAUGUUGGCAAAAGAGGACCAGUUAGAGUCUGCCCAGGUGAUCCAGCAUGCUCUCAACACCACCAUAACCGAUGCUCAGAAUGAACACGCCCAGGCAGGUGCAACCUUUGAUAUUCCCGAAAGCAGUUCAAGUAAUAAGACUCCACAUGCUACAAGUGAACAGUGUGACAAAAAUACAUCUGUGGAGGGAAGUGAAAGCUCAGAGACAGAAAAGCAAGCAAAGCACAGUCAAUGAUGUAAGCAUGUGGAUUAAUUAUAUUAUAGAGCUUGUAAAAUAUAUCAUCCUGGUGUUUUUGAGUAUAGGAAUGAGAUAUAUAUGUAUAUAAAUAUAUUAUGCUGUUAUUAUGCUCCUGUAGAAAUUAUUUUUUGAGAACAUUUAUGUUUGUUACAAGUGUUGAAUGAUUUGUAAAAAAGGAAAAUCUUGUGGAACUCUUGUACUAAAUAGGUAGUCAGUUAAGUAAAUUCUCCACAGAAAUUAUACAGUAUCAAGAUCACAUUAAGUAUUUUGUUGUACUCUGAUGGUCAGUAACUGAAUAUACAAAGUAAUGCAUUUGGCAAUUUAUAGUUGUUAUAAUGGCAAACUACGAGAUGCAACUGUAUACUGCAACUUUUUUCUUAUGGGUAAAUCCAUUGUUAGUUUUAGACACAAUAUCUAUUAAUUUAUUUUUUUCAAUAGGGAACAAUGUUAGACAUAACAUAAAUGAGGCUCUACAGAUAAGUGGUAUAAGACUAUAUGAGACAGUUCUGUUCACAGGUAGCAGCUUUAACUCUCACCUGGAAUACUGACAAAGAUUCUCACUCCAAGAUGUCACUGGAAAUAGAAAGACAAGAGUUUUAAAAUUACUUGUGAAAACAACAAUGUAACAAUAUGAGUAUCGCUUAUGCCACUUUCCAGUAGGUCAAAAUGUUAUGUACUCUACCACAGCAAGUCUGGCAUUAAUGUUGCCACCUGAGGAUACAUGAACUGUUGGUGGGCAAUGCUCUCAUCCAGUGGUUGGCCAAGUAUUCACAUUUUCUUUUCAAAUGUGUGGCAAUUGAUUAUGUACUAUUCCAACGAAAAUCUUUAGUUAUUUAUUACAUGCCUAAGUAUUUGUACAGAUAUAAUUGGUAUCUUUCCAGUAAAAAAAAGAAAAUAUAAAGUCACGUUAAGAUUUGAUUCAGUGUUGGUCAAUCAACGAGUGCAUUGCCCAGCAGCAGUGUUACCAUGUCAGAUAGUGACAUUACUGUGCCAGGCUUGGUGUGAUGAGUAUAGUGUUUAUGGUAAACUACACAAGUUUACCUCAAAUCACCACAGCCGAAAGGUUCAGGUUUAGAAGUGCAUUUGCUGCAUAAAGUGAUCCUAUUCCUGAGCACACCACACUGUCAUAUAUGCAUUAUUUGAGGGCAAAACUUUCAUUUCUAUUAAAAAUUUACUCAAGACAUUGAAAUAAAAAAAUGCAUCAACUGCUACUUAA